UUUCAGGUUUGACCACCGCUCUGUUACUAACUUUUCUGCUUGGUUAUGGUAUCACCUUCCUGUGUGAUGCAAUUAUCGUCAUAUAUCCAGCUUUUGAAUCGUAAAUUCAAAGCCCUUGAAGAAAGGGACAUGGACCGAGCUAUGCAUAAGAUGAAGUAUUGGAUUGUGUUUUCUUUCUUCCAUGCUGCUGAACAUAUAGGGGAUUCUUUUUUCUGGUGGAUACCUGGUUAUCAAAUUGGAAAGUUUUUAUUUAUGUUAUGGUGCCUUGUUCCACUACCCUACAAUGGAUCUGCUGUUCUAUACGAUAAUUAUAUCCAACCCACCUUUAUCCAUAACAGAGAUACCUUAGAACAGAUGAUGUCAAGCGCUCAAGUUACCAUUAGAAGGAUGUCUCUAAGGGAGUCAUCUUGAGGCUGCCUAUUAGAAUGCCAAAAGAAUUAAUAUUGAUCAUUAAAAACUGAAAAACGCA